AUGUAUGAAGGAGAACCGGAAAAACUUGGGAACUUCGAACUAAGUAGUGACUUCAUCUUGGAGACAGGAACGUCACAGGAAAAAAUGGAAAUAGACUCCGAGCUGCCAAAUCCCACCAACACAAAUAACUCCAUUCUGAAACGAUCCACCAGUGCCCCAAUGAUGAAUGGCAUUGGUGAUAGUUCACAAGCUUUCCAAGCUGAUACUGUGAGGAUUAGAAGAAACAGUUCAACAUUCAUAAAUCGGCCAAAUCUGUUGUUCACACCAUCUUCCAUUCGUACUUCAAACAACCGCAUCGAUCAGAUAAAACAGGAGGAGGGCAUGAAUUUGGCAGCGAGGGAAGCAAUGACUGAAUGGGAAGUACAAACAGCAAUACAGAUCAGUCAAUCGUGGGAACGGUGUUUGAACUUGAAUGACAACGAUGUAGAGAAACCAUCUUCCCUAACGUGCACUGAUCUUAUUUCGGUACUCCCAGAGGUUUCUCCCAGAAGUGGAAUUGGGAAGGUUGGCUGUACCAGUUCGCCUACAGGUACUACUCCAAGCCUUACACGCCGAUUUGUGAUAAGCAAUCACAACCCCACAAAUAUUAUCAGACCAAGUAUCCUUGGACCAAUAAAAAGAAAAGGUGAAGUGGCACGUGAAGAUCCACCAAAGAAGGUUUUCAUAGCUACUGACAACAAUGUACUUUCUUCUGAUGCUACCAAGCUGUCAGAAGACAAUGUUUCAGAGAAGAUCUGAUUCGGUUGGAUACAGAAUUUUUCAGGUUGGCUCAAGGUGUAACCAAUGGACAACUCCACCUGAAACAUCACUUCUGUCAGUUUAAAUAAAAGAAGGGCAUUGCAUU